AAGCCGCUUUGUCCGUCGUGUCUUGUGUGCGCAUCGUUCAUCUGAGAUGGUGGAAGUUUGAGCGUAAGUUACAGUUCGAUUGGAAGCUCUUCAUAAUGCCGGCAUCCAGCCUACUUCGGCGACCGGCCGCCAUGGCCGCCAAUGUCAUUGCUAUUCACCUUGUUACUAAUGUCUAAUACUGUGCAUUGUACGGGUACCUUACAAAGUGGGUAACCAAUGGCAGGGCGACCAUUUUCGCCGUCGGGUUUACUCGGUGCUCCCACGUGAACCGUCUCCUACAUCAUCGUCGUUGGCUCUGGCAGCGCUUUCACUCUCCUUCCUCAUCGUCCUCCUUCUCUUCUCGCAGCGUCUCCUUAGAAGAUGCUGUCAAGACAAGUGAUUGCUCUCGCUCGCGGGCGGGCUCUUCGCGCCGACGCCGCCGCUGUUUCCAGAGGAUGGAAGGUCGCGACGACGUACUCAAGACGCGCGCAAUUCCACUCGACGAAGCUCGUUGAAGCCGAGACGGUCAAGGUGCCCCAGAUGGCCGAGUCCAUCUCGGAGGGCACCCUCAAGACGUGGUUGAAGCAGGUCGGGGACAGCGUAGCGCAGGAUGAGGAGGUUGCGACUAUCGAGACCGAUAAGAUCGACGUUUCCGUGAAUGCACCUACUGCCGGUACCAUCACGGAGCACCUCGCAAGUGAAGAGGACACUGUGUCGGUCGGCCAGGAUCUGUUCAGGAUCGAGCCUGGUGAGGGCGGUGCGGCACCACAGGGCAAGAAACCAGAGGAGCCUGAACCGGCCCCGCCGAAAGAGAAGGAGGACAAGGAGGAGCCCAAAGACCAGCAGGUCGAUAAGAGCGUGCCAAAACCGCCUGCGCCUGCGCCCUCCGACGUGCGUGCGAAGGACACGGCUGGUGUGCAGGGGGGUCAUGCGAAGAAGGACGUGAAGGAGACGUCGAAACCUGCCGCUGCGCCAAAGGGCAAAGCAGAGAAGCCUGCGCCUGCGCCGCGGGUGGCGGGUGCGCGGACGGAGACGCGGGUGAAGAUGAGCCGGAUGCGGCAGCGCAUCGCGGAGCGGCUGAAGGAGUCGCAGAACGCGGCGGCGUCGCUGACGACGUUCAACGAGAUCGACAUGCACAGCCUGAUGGAGAUGCGGAAGAAGUACAAGGACGAGGUGAUGAAGACGCACGACGUGAAGCUCGGCUUCAUGAGCGCGUUCGCGCGCGCGUGCUGCCUCGCGCUGAAGGAGCUCCCCUCUGCGAAUGCGUCGAUCGAGGGCGACGAGAUCGUGUACCGCGACUACGUCGACCUCAGCGUUGCGGUUGCGACCCCCAAGGGCCUUGUCACGCCCGUCGUGCGGAAUGCGGAGGGCAUGAGCUUCGUUGAGAUCGAGAAGGAGAUUGCUUCGUUGGGCAAGAAGGCUCGCGACGGCAAGCUCACGCUCGAAGACAUGGCGGGCGGCACCUUCACCAUCUCUAACGGCGGUGUGUUCGGCUCUCUCUAUGGUACUCCCAUCAUCAACCUGCCGCAAGCUGCUGUGCUUGGCAUGCACACGAUCAAGGAGCGCCCGGUCGUGGUCGACGGGCAGAUCGUCAUCCGACCGAUCAUGGUUGUCGCGUUGACGUACGACCACCGGCUGCUCGACGGGCGGGAAGCUGUCACCUUCCUCGUCAAGGUGCGGGACUACCUCGAGGAUCCCCGCAAGAUGCUCCUCGCUUAGAGCCCACGUCUUCUGCGCAUGCGCGUGUCGUCCGACUCGCUCGCGUAUGCGAUUGGAGAGGUGUAAUGUACAAUGCUCUGGCUCUGGCCAUG